CUGACGUUUAGUCGGCUCAAAACCAUAACACAGACUCAGAGAGCUGUUGAUGUCGAUUCCAGCCAGCCACCACUGUCACACAGGGCUAUCCAAAGGUAUUUUUUUUAGACCAAACACCUAUGUGAUUAGGUAAUAUUUCCUGUUUGGAAUGUCGUGCCAGCAGCAGGCCGUUGAACAAGCCAGGCAGGCCUUCCAAACAGGGAGGUCUAAAGACCUGUCUUACAGAAUAACCCAGCUCAAAAACCUUCACCGGCUCAUCUCAGAGAGGCAAACAGACAUUGUUGAGGCUCUCAAGAAUGAUCUCUAUAAGAGUGAAAAUGGCACACAGCUGUAUGAGAUGAUCGGACUAGAGGGGGAGAUCAACCUGGCAGUGGACCGGUUGGCGGAAUGGGCGGCCCCUCGACCCGUGGAGAAGAACCUCCUCACCAUCUCGGAUGAGGUGUUCAUCCAGCCUGAGCCGCUGGGUGUGGUGCUCAUCAUCGGAGCGUGGAACUAUCCGUGGGCAGUCACUCUUCAGCCCCUCAUUGGCGCUAUUGCUGCAGGCAAUGCUGCUGUUGUGAAGCCGUCAGAGGUGAGCUCUCACACAGCCAAAGUCAUGGAGGAGCUUCUGUCUCUUUAUCUGGACAAGGAGAUGUAUCCCGUGGUGUUGGGAGGCGUCCCUGAGACCCAGGAGCUGCUGGAGCAGCGGUUUGACCACGUCUUCUACACGGGAAACAGCACUGUGGGGAAGCUGGUGAUGGAGGCGGCCGCGCGCCACCUCACCCCCGUCACCCUGGAGCUGGGAGGGAAGAGCCCCUGUUACAUCGACAAAGACUGUGACCUCAGCAUUGCCUGUCGCCGAAUCACCUGGGGAAAAUAUGUAAACUGUGGGCAGACCUGCAUUGCUCCCGACUACAUCCUCUGUGAGCCUGGCAUCCAGGACCGUGUAAUUCAGGAGAUCACUAAAUGCAUAAAGGAAUUUUAUACGGAUGACCCGAAGACUUGCACGGACUACGGACGCAUCAUCAAUCAGCGCCACUUCAAGAGGCUGAUGGCCCUGAUGGAGGGCAGCUCUGUGGCCGUGGGAGGGGACACUGACGAAUCCCAGUGCUACAUCGCGCCCACAGUUUUGAAGGGGGUGACGGCAGACUCCAAGGUGAUGCAGGAGGAGAUCUUCGGGCCUCUGCUCCCCAUCAUUACCGUGGACGGAAUGGAGGAAGCCAUCUCCUUCAUCAACCAGAGGGAGAAGCCUCUGGCGCUCUACGUUUUCUCCUCCAACGAUAAGCUGAUUAGACAAAUGAUUUCAGAAACAUCAAGCGGGGCUCUGUUGGCCAAUGACUGUCUGGUGCACUUCACCAUCAGUGACUUACCAUUUGGGGGUGUCGGCAACAGUGGCAUUGGAUGCUACCAUGGCAAAUACACCUUUGAUCAGCUGAGCCAUCUCCGCAGCUGUCUCAUAAAGAAGCUGAACAUGGAGGGGGUGAACCAGAUGCGCUACCCACCGCACACCACCAAAAAGCUGCAGUGGGCCCGGCUUUUCCUCCUGAGACAGGUCAACCUGCGCCGGUGGCGGCAGUUGGCUAAGGUGGCUGUGCUUACAGUCUUAGCAGCGUUUAUAGUCCAGAGGUUUUUAAGAUAAGGCCUCAGAAGUCCUGAUAAAUGAUUGCAGUUCUUUCGGUGGAAGUUAUCAUGUCUUCCUUGGACAGAAUAAGACGUCAGUAUAUGAGAGGAAGAUAAGAUGAGAGAGCAGUCAUCACACAUGCCCUCCGACCGACGGCCAACAGUGUAAUAACCCUGCACCUUGACGACAACAGCAAAAGGCAUAUUUUUAUGGCAGUCAGAGCUCAUACUCAGCUGUAAUGACUGCACUCUGAACAGUGAUUCAACCGCAGUUCAAUACCAGAUAAUCAUGUCAUGUGCAGUACCAUCCCAAAUCGUCCAGUGCUGAUACGUCAUAUCUUUUAUGCGCCACCCUUGGACAACGAGGGAAAUACACAAAGCUGUGCCCUAUAUACACUGGUGUCAAAUUCAGGUUAUAUAAUACAGUCAUAAAUGUUGGUUCAGUCAGUCAUGCAUUUGCACAUAUUUAUAAAUCUUCUUUACUAUCAGGUCAUUUAUACAUUUCUAGAGUCUACAUGGACAUGUAGGUAGCCUACUACAUUGCACAUUCAUGAAUGAUAUUUGGUUAUCAUUUCACAUUUAGUAACAUUAUUAAUGACGUUUUAUUUAUUUUGGUCAAAUCAUUUCAAUACAAUAAAACAUUUCUGUUCAUA